UGCGACACCGAUAGCCAGCCGAAUCGAUUAGGAGAUUAGGAUUUGUCAUUUUUCUUGCCAUUUGGAUUGGAAGAACCCGAUCCAACCUCCAUCCCUUGGACAUUAUUAUCUCGCCGACAUAUAGCUUACAUCACUGUGGGUCGCCCUCCCUAAUCCCACCAUAUCUCCAAAUCGAUCGAUCGAUCGAUCGAUCGAUAAUUUAAUUCCCGCCCACAUUCCAACCCCGCCGCAGAUUCCAUUCCAAGCCGCAAGCCGCCGCCGGCCGGCCGCCCACCUGCCCCCACUUGGCCUGAAGAAUGCCAAAAACAGACUCCACUCCACACCCUCUGUCUCAGUCUCUGGCCCGCUCCCAGAACAGAUCUCCAGUAGCACAACGACAGCUAAAACGACGCAGUCCGGCAGCAACCGACGCCUUCCUGCACAAGCGAGAAGGCCCAGGAAUUUUUCAUUCAGUGCCAGGCUCGCUGCUGCAACCGAUCCAGACUUUGACUUUUCACUCUCUAUCUAUUCUCCUUCCUUCCUCAUCAAAGUCAGAGCGAUCUGCAGAAUUUGAGGGCCGUCACUCCUCCCUAUAAUUUUAAUAUCCUUCCUCGCGUACCCUAGGAUCCACUCCACUCCCCUUUCUUUCUAUAAUACACUCCCGAGAUCUCCACCCAAAAAGCUCUCCCCUUUUUCACCUUUCUGUCACUUUCCCGAGAAAGUAAGCGAAACCCAUGAAGACAGACAGAAAACCCAGUUUCUGAAUAACUAACUCUCCCGUUGGCGUUGCCAAGUACAAACAACCCAUCAAAAAAAAAAAAAAAUGGAGACUUUCGGUUGCAGGGCAAAUGCAAUCACCCCUUUCUUCCUUCUCCUUCUCCUCCUCCAAUCCAUUCUCCUCUCUUCAACAGCGCAGCAGCUACCUCCAAGCGAGACCAGGGUCCUCUACCGAAUCCAGAAGCUGCUCGAAUACCCCGAGCCUCUCCAAUCAUGGAACAACUGGACCAACUUCUGCUACCUCCCUGCCUCCCCUGCCCUCACCGUCCUCUGCUCCUCCGACGGCCACCUCACCGACCUCACAAUCCGCGGCAACAAAACCUCCCCGUCUCGCCUUCCGAACCCAAUCCCCAAAAACAAAACCUUCUUCGCCCUCUCCGGCAAGUUCUCACUCGAUUCUCUCUUCACCGACCUCACCAAGCUGCCCAAUCUGAAAACCCUGUCCCUCGUAUCCUUAGGCUUGUGGGGUCACUUACCGUCCAAAAUCAACAGAUUUGCUUCACUCCAGGUCUUUAAUCUGAGCUCCAAUUUCAUCACCGGCGAAAUCCCGCCAUCAAUCGGAUCGCUCAAAACCCUGACGAGCCUCGUCCUCGCCGACAAUCUGAUCAAUGGAACAGUCCCCGGUGACAUCAAAAUGUUGGUCUCGCUCCAGGAGCUGAACUUGGGGGGAAACAAUCUGAGAUCCGAAUUUCCUUCUGCAACAAUACUCAAGGCUCUGAUUCAUCUUCAGAGACUGAACCUGUCGCGAAACAAGCUGAUGGGUCCUAUCCCGCCUGCUCUGUUCUCUCUGCCUUCGAUUCAAUCCGUCGAUUUGAGUGACAACAAUUUGAAUGGAGCUCUCUCAGUCAACACGUCGUGCGGGUCUCAGCUUCGGUUCGUCGACCUCUCAAGCAACCUUCUGGUGGGGAACUUGCCGUCUUGCAUUUCGGCGUCGGCGAUUGCUUCAUGGAACUGCUUGUCCGGCGGGAAGCCUAAGCAGCAUCCGUACUCUUUCUGUCACAAGGAAGCAUUGGCUGUUAAGCCUCCGACGAACAAGGGGAAAAAACAGGGCUCCUCUUCUUCUUCGAUUAGGCUUGGGCUCAUACUUGGGAUCAUUGGAGGCGCCGUUGGGCUGAGUUUUUUAAUUGGGUUAGUGAUUUUCGUCAUGGUUAGAAGAUCUGAUGCUAAGGAACUGGUACCGGAGCACAGGUUUGCGCCGUCCUUGGCUGACAAAAUGUCGGUCCGAAGCUCCGUUCAUACAUUCGAGUCCAGGAGGGUGCCUAAGACGAUGAGAUCAGCGGCAAUUGGACUGCCGCCGUAUCAUAUUUUCUCGUUGGAGGAGAUUGAGGACGCCACCAAUAACUUCGACCCGCUGAAUUUCAUUGGAGAGAGUACUCAGGGACAGCUCUACAAAGGGUGCCUUGUAGAUGGAUCGGAGGUUCUGGUGAAGAGUGUGAAGUUGAAGCACAAGAAUCUGCCUCAAAACCUGAUGCAGCACAUAGAGGUGCUGUCAAAGCUAAGGCAUCUGCAUUUGGUCAGCGUUUUGGGGCACUGCAUCGUCACUUUCCAGGAUCAUCCCACCUCCGUAGCCACUCUUUUCGUAAUUUUCGAGCACAUUACGAAUGGGUCGCUCCACGAUUAUCUCACAGAUAGGAGAAAGAAAGAGGUGCUUAAAUGGCCGCAGAGGAUGGCUAUCACGAUGGGAGUUGCCAGGGGAAUCCACUUCCUGCACACUGGAGUGGCGCCUGGGAUCUUUGGGAACGAUGUGAAGAUGGAGAAUGUGCUGUUGGACGAAAGCCUCACUGCGAAACUCAGCAACUAUACGCUUCCUCUGCCGUCGAAGGUUGGUACAGAGAGUCCCUUGAGAGGGCAAGACCUUCCAAAUCUGAACAGCACCGAGAACUCGGACAAAGAAGAUGUGUACCAGCUGGGAAUGAUUGUACUCCAACUUAUCACAGGCAAACGUAUCAAAUCCUCCGAGGAAGUGGAAGAACUCAAGGCGCAACUAGAGAAAGGGUUGGCAGAGGGUCAAUCCAAGCUGAGGGAUAUGGCAGACUCCACCACAAAGGGCACCUACGCGUACGAAUCGUUGCGAACUGCAGCAGAGAUCACCAUCAACUGUCUCUCCAAGGAGCCCAAUAGCCGGCCUUCAAUAGAAGACGUGCUGUGGAAUUUGCAGUACUCGAGCCAAGUUCAGGAUGGAUGGAACAGCAGUGGAAACCUUAAUACUUCUCAGAUGUAGUGGCAAUAGCUCUUUUUUUUUUUUUUUUUCUUGUCAACCCUUUCGUGAUCAUGUACAUGAUAGUUAUCGUCGUGAUCUCCACGCUUCUCCAACAGUCCUACUCCCUUGAAUCGCCACAUUGACUAGUUCAUGGAACAUAGAAAGCCAGAAUGCACUUUAAGUGUCGCCGACCUGAAAUCUUUUACCCCCAUGAAAAGUUUUGCGUCCCAACCUUCCCCUAAAGCACAAGGCAUUUCGCCACGCAGCUAAGGGCAAGAUUAAGAGCAGAGGGGAGCAUGUCAAGAGCCAUUUAUGACAAUCCACACUCAGAAUAGGCUCAACAGUAAACUUACUCUACAUGUAUACAAAAAAUGAGAACACAGAUAAUUCGAUACAACAAACAUGCCAAAUGUUCAUUCUCGGAAACCAAGCAAGUAAAUCAUCCAAGGAGCAACAGAAACAACCACAACCUUAUGUCAGUUUUUCAAUGUAAUUUGAACUUGGACACUUAAUCCAUUUUGGAGUUACAAGCCACGGAGCAAACCCUAAUCAGCAGUCCAACUCUGCUCAACAAUCUCACGCACUCUUCGAUUGUAUUCACGCUUGUUCUCACUGAACAUCCUUGCAGCUUCCGAAUUCGCUGGAGAGUUUGGGUUCGGAUCACAAAGCAAAGACUGCAAUGCAAGCAAGACAAGAAUGCUUGUCAAAAGUCGCACUGUGGAAAGCCAAAUAGUAGCCAGGAAGAAUUAUCAUGCGUAAAUAAAUAAAAACGAAUUUU